AUGUUUGACUUUUGGAGUGUUUUCCGUGACGGGGGGAAUACAGAAGAAGAAGGAGAAUCUGCUGCUGCUGCAUCAGGAGAAUCUGCUGCUGCUGCUGCUGCUGCUGCUGCUGGUGCUCCUGUUGCUGCUUUCUUUAAUAGUAUAUUUAAACAACCAACACCUUCAGACCCUUCCUCAUGGAAUGAUUAUACUACAGGUUAUAGUUUACCAGCAGAAGCAGCAAAAGUAUUACAUGGGACACCAACAGAUGAGCCAACAUCUACUUCUUUUCCUCAUCUAGAGGAUGGAGACGCCAGCAGCAGCAGCAGCAGCAGCAGCAGCAGCAGUAAGAAAGAAUCAGAUAAGAGAGAAGAUGGAUCUAAGGAAGCAGAUGCAUGGGAUGACACAACAGCAGCAGCAGCAGCACCAUCAACAACAACACCCAGCAGCAGCAGCAGCAGCAGCAGUAGUAGUAGUAAAUCUCCUGCUGCUCCCUCAUCCUCUUCCUCUUCAUCUACAACCCCAACAACAUCCACAACAACAAAAACAACCAGCAGCAGCACCAGUACCAACAGCAGCACCAGUACCAACAGCAGUACCAGUACCAGCAACAACAGCAGCAGUAGCAGUAGCAGCAGCAGCAGCAGCAGCAGCAGCAAUAAGAAUCGUAUAAAUAGUAGUAAAGUAAUGGAUACACGUUACUAUGAUAUAUUAGAGGUAAAUAUAGAUGCAACUUUUGCAGAAAUAAAGAAAGCAUACUAUCGUCUUGCUCUUAAAUAUCAUCCAGAUAAAAAUCCUCAUGAUCCAUUAGCACAUAAAAAAUUCCAAGAUAUUG